AUGGAAUCUGCCAUUCUUGAAUUGAUAAGCCAUAAUGACAUCACUGAUCCAAACCAGCUUCUCAGGCUCCUUAUUUUUCACUAUCCAUCCCUCAACCUUUCUUUCAAUCAUUAUGACCUAAUCACCGAUUCUCUAUCAAACCUCCGUUUAAGCCUCCCUUCAACAUCUUAUACUCCUUUUUCCCCACAGAAACCAUCGCUGUACUCUUCCUACGCCCGUUCUAUCAUUCCUGAUGAAAAUUUUAUCCAAAUUUGUCCUAACACGACCAGAUCUGACUGUACCUUGGAAUGUACUAGCGUACACUUUCAACCUAUUCUCAAGCCAUACUCUGAUCAUUCAUUCGGUCACUGCUCUUAUCUUAACACUUGCUACCCUUUCUACAACAACACCCCUCCUUCCCUCUCAAACGCUUUUCAAGCUACAAAGCUCAACAGCCCCAGAUUAGACCGUACUUGCAGAUAUUUGCAUUUUGAGCUGGAGCAGCCUACUCCUCCAACUAAAAGUCGCUAUACUGAUCUAGUUGAUGGUGAAUCUCUCAAUUACAGAUCAGAUUUGGAUAAGUUGCUCAAUAACAAGAGAUUUCCCGCCCAAUAUCUCAAUUGCGAUCUCAGAUCAUUCGAUUACAACACCCUCGGCAAGUUUCAAAUUAUUGUGGCCGACCCUCCUUGGGAUAUACAUAUGAGUUUACCCUAUGGUACUCUUACAGAUGAUGAAAUGCGUAAAAUGCCUAUGUCAACACUCUCAGAAGAAGGUACGCUUAUCUUUCUCUGGGUCACAGGCCGUGCUAUGGAUUUGGGCAGAGAAUGUCUUUCAAUUUGGGGCUUCAAAAGAGUCGAGGAAAUAGCCUGGGUGAAGAUCAACCAACUUCAGCGUCUGAUACGCACAGGUCGUACAGGACACUGGCUUAAUCACACUAAAGAGCAUUGUCUGGUCGGUAUCAAAGUGUCCGAAGAUGGUGUCGUCCGUUGGCCUGAGUGGUUGAACAAAGGCAUAGAUUGCGAUGUGAUAGUUAGCGAGGUACGCGAAACGAGUCGGAAACCAGACGAACUUUAUGGUAUGAUCGAGAGGUGCUGCCCUUCAGGUCGCAAAGUGGAGUUGUUCGGUCGGCGGCACAACGGACGUGAUGGUUGGCUCACAUUAGGAAAUCAGAUAGGGAAGGAUGUUGUACAUGACAAUGAUCUCGCAAGCAGGUUGAAUGCAAGGUGUGUAUGA